AUGCCGACUUUAGAAUUGAUUGAAGACGAGAACCCUUUUCUGUUAUCUAAACCUAAACCGCAGUUUGACAAUUUAUCCGCCGAAGAACAAGCUGCUUUUUUGGAUAAAGUAGCGGCUGAAGUGUCAAACGAUCCUGCCGCUUUGAAUCGUCUCGCUUCGACAUUUUUGAAGCAGGCUACCAAGGACGAUUUCAACAAUGUUACCGUGCAACCUAUUCCCGGUUACGUUUGCCGGACCAGUACCGUAGCGUCCAACAAUGAAAAACAUAAAGUAGGCACCACUGUGUACAUCAACAUCUGCCAUGCCGCUGCCAUUCCGGAACCGACUUUGGCUACCGAAGCCGAGAUCCAGAAGGCAUUGAAUGCUGAACCCGAUGCCAAAUACAGAGUACCCUUGAGUAUGGGGGAACCGAGAUUUGAGAAAACGACUGCUGAUAAAGUAUGCCUCAUCAUGGAUGCCUGUAUCCAUACUCAGCCUUACCUUCGUUCCGAACGCGAUCUUGAUUUUAGAUUAUACAUUAUGGAGCUGGCCAUGGAAUAUGUGGAGGAAAAUGAACACAUUUCUCUGAGUCGAGAGUUUACCAUGCCAAAGAUGAGUUCCAAGGGAACCAUUCCUAAACGUAUUGUCCGACUACCCAAGCCAUCAUUGAUGACUGCUGUACGUCAGAGCACAGAUGCGGCUAGCACGCAGUGGAAAUGCACACCGACGGUGUCGGUGCAGGGAAAACACAUCCUUGUUGUCGUUCCAAUGCCGAAUCUUAACUCUUCCGACUGGAGACUGGAUAUGGAAACCAAGCAGUUGAUCAUUUCCGUCAACGGUGUUGCGUCCCAUAUCCCUCUGCCAAGGGAUAUAGACAUCAAUGCCGCGGAGAACACGGCUCAGUUUUAUAAAAAGAGUCGCGAUCUCGUCGUUUGUUUGAGUAUCCAAAACGGCUCUGCCAACGCUGGCUCUGAAACAAGAAGACAAUACCUGUAA